UCAUGGCGAGUGAAGAAAACAAAGGUGAUAAAAAGGGAAAAAGCCCUUUGCCGAUGUGCAAGUAUGGAGAGAAAUGUUACCGGAGAAAUUCUCAACAUCUUCAGCAAUAUAGGCACCCGAAAAGGAAACAUGAUGAGGAUGAUGAAGCACCCGAAAAGAAACCAAAACGAGAGACUAAAAAAGGAAAUAUCAAAGACUUUUUCAAGGGCAAGACUGGAAAAGGAGAUGAUAUUCAAGCACAAAGUGAAGAUGAAAAUAAGAAUGAGCCUCCUGAAGAAGACAAGUCAUCACCAUCAAACAGUGAAGAUAAAACAUCUUUAGAGGUAGAGGCAAGGUUGUCAGAGGAUAAAACUGUUGAUGCCGAGGAUGAGAACAUGGAGGAUGCCCCUGUUUCUCCUGCUGACCUAAAGGAGAAUCUCAAACAAAAGUUCUUGGUAGAAAUGCCCCCAGAUUUUUUCCAAUUUUGGGAUUUCUGUAAGAGCAUCAAACCAGAUAAACCAUCAGAAGCCUUGAUGGAGUCACUUGGCUUUACAUUGGUUGGUCCAUUUGAUAUUGUCUGUCGGCGACAUAAGAAUCGGUCACCAAAUAAGAAGGGGAGAUCACCCAACUACCUGCGCCACUGGCGGUAUCAAUAUGACCCGCCUGAGUUCCUAACAGUGAUAAAAGGUGAUGACAAGACACAGUUUCACCUAGGGUAUUACAGGGAUGACCCAUCUGAGAUGCCAGUAUUUGUGGCUGCUAAUGCAGCUGCUGUGAACUGCACAAUAUCACCAAGGGGAGACAACCUUUUUGCUGCUGUGAAAUAUUACAUGGAUGAGCAGCUGAAGUCCAAGUCAAAUACAAAAGAGAAGAAGGAAUCCUUACAGAGUUUACAGAAGCAGCUAUGCGAGUGGGCUAAGAAAGAGAACUUGUCCCUGGAGGGGAAGACGAAGGGAAUGAAGGAGAGAGACAAGAAAGUGGUGUGUAAAACAUUCCAUGGGGCAGGAAUUGUUGUACCUGUUGAUGAUAACGAUGUGGGCUACAGGCCUGUCCCGGAGACGCCAGGUGACCUGAAGAAGAUACUAAAGAAGAUCAAAGACAGCAAAGAUGAGGAUGAGAGAAACAAAAACUUUGAUCCAUUACAAGAGCUGAUAACAUUGGUACAGUUCGCCAACGAUGAGUGUGAUUACGGAGAAGGUUUGGAGCUUGGCUUGGACCUCUUCAGUUUUGGAGGGGAAUGUUUUUAUCGACCUAUCCUUCAUCUUCUCCCGUUAGCAUAUCAGCUUCUGGGGCGGCCACAGUAUGCAGAAAUCAUUACAGCACAUCUUAAAGAUCGCAAUUCCUCUGCAGACCUUAGUGAAAUAGACUAAAUAAAUCUCAUAACGUUAUCUGUCAGGAGAUAUUUAUCAUUCACAUCAUUAAAAUCAUUCUUUAAGUAGAGAAAUAGUUCAUGUAUAAUCAUCAAAUCAAACAUCCAAAAUCAGGGUUGUUGUUUUUUUUUUAAAGUGUAUAUUGAUUUGUACAGUUGCAUUGUAUAUGAAAAAUUACAUUUAUCAGUGUAAUGACAGCAUUUAUUACAUGUUUCAUGUGUGUACAAGCCAGUAUGAUGUUGUAUAGAUCACUCAUAUAUGGACAGGAGUUGUCACAUAUGAUAUCAUGGUUUCUAGUAUUUUAUCUGGUACUUCAUCUGCAAGAUUCCCCAUGCAUUUCACAUACCGUUAAAUGGACUUGGGCUCUGAAGGAAGUAAUGAUAAAUCUUAGUUGUA